UACGUGUUUCCGGUGCGACUCAAUGAAGGCUCGAGCGCCGCCUGCAGGACGCGACGCGACGCGCCGCCGACAACGCGUCAUUUACCCGCGACGAGCCUGCGACGAGAUGGCUUCGAUUCAGAAGGGGAAGAAGGUGGUAAAUCAAGAGGAUUUACGGCGGUUUAUGAAGGAGAAGAAACUAUCGAGCGAGCGACAGAAACGCGUUGACUCGCCGCACGCCAAAUACAACAGUCUGGGUCAGCUGAGCUGCGCGCUGUGCAACGCGCCGGUGAGGAGCGCGCUGCUCUGGCAGACACACGUGCUGGGAAAACAGCACAAAGAUAAAGUCAGCCAGCUGAAGAACAGAGACAGCACUGAAGCAGCGGCAGCAUCUUCAUCAUCUUCCUCCGCGCUGAAGAGGCCCGCGCCGGAGCCCGCGUCUACAUCCGGGAAACGCGCGAAGCUGCCGCUCACCGGAGGCGCAGGUGCCGUGGGAGGACAGCCGGAGGAGACGGCCUCGUCUUCACGUCAUUCUGCGGGUCUGGGGCUCCUCGCUGGACUCUACGGUGAUGGUGAUGAUGAUGAAGAAGCUAAAGACGGUGUCCCGGCGGAUUUCUUCGACAACAGCGUCUUCUCCGUCUCUCACUCCAGCUCAGUGUCCAAACCGGACGACGGCGAGGAGAGUGCCACGGAGAGGAAGGACCACGCGGCCGAAGCCUUACCCGAGGGCUUCUUCGACGACCCGGUGCGCGAUGCUAAAGUGCGUCAGGUGGACACGCCGAGAGACCAGAUGGACAAGGAGUGGGAGGAGUUCCAGAAGGAGAUGCGGCAGGUGAACAGCGCGUCUGACGCCAUCGUCGCCGAGGAUGAUGAGGAGGGACGCCUGGAGCGGCAGAUCGACGAGAUCAACGAGCAGAUCGAGUGCUUCCGGCGGGUGGAGGUGUUGCGCACCAGACAGGAGGUGAAGAGCGCGAUGGAGAGAGAGAGACGGCAGAGAGCCGAGGCGCAACCAGACGCCGGCAAGGAGGAGGAGGAUGAGGAAGAGCUGAUGCAUGUGCUGACGCAGGACUGGAGGGCCAAAGGUGCUCUCGCUUAACACCUUCAGUGUUUCUCUGAUGUUUCCCUGUUUUGUUUGUUACUGCUUCUGUACAGAGAUUUAUUAAAUCAGAAUGCAUUGUGAAGUUUUCAUAAAGCACAUGUGGUUCGUCUGUAGUUCUGCAGAUGCUUUGAUCUGCUGGUUUUUCUCCGUCUCAGAUUCCUCACUCUUAUUAUCUGUAAUCAUCAGAAUGGCCUACAGCUACUUCACAACACACCUGCGUUAUUAUCAGUUCAGAGCUGGACGAGGACAAUAUAAUACACAGUCAGUAUUUGUGGUGUGCAAUGAAUGAUGAUGAAACAAAAUGUAUGUGUAUAUUUUAUAUAUGCAAUUAUUUUUUUAUUCAGUUGACAGCCGUAAUAUACACACUUUGCAUUAAGAAUUAGGGAGCGUACACAUUUGAACAGGAUGAAGAUGUGUGUAUUUUGUUAGAUACUGUUUUCAUACAGUACUGCCCUUCAGAAGACAAAUAAUAUACUUGCAUAAUUCCCAGAAGACAAAAAAGACCAAUGUCUGACUAAAACCAGACGUAGACUGUGUCUGAUCAGCGUUAAGAAGAGAACGAUCGGCUCGUCUGAUGAUUGAGUUUAAAACGAAUCCUGACAGGUCACCAAUAAAGAGAUGAUAAUAAUGGGCUGUUAUGAUCAUAUUUCUUGGUUUUAGUAACGCACUCGACUGCAUUCUGAACAUCCACGAAGAAGCAGAUCAAACACUUGAAAAAGCAAUUGUUUUUAUUAUACCAGUAAAUGUUAACCCUUUUCUCUUGUGAAAUACAGAAUGUUCUAAUGAAUACUUUCCAUUUUAUAUCCAGAAAUGAUAAAUGGUCAAUUAAAAACUCUAUACUAUACGAUCUAUCUGAACUACAGGGGAAAAUAUUCAAACAUUAAUGGCCAUUUAAUGUCCAACAAGGCAAGAAAAAGUGAAAGAAACUCUUCUUGGCAACCCUAACAUCACUCUAUAUAUGAAGGGUUCAUAUCUUUUGUGUUCCUUUGCAAUGCCUAAAUACAGGACAAGAACAAGCAGAAAUAUAUCUACACAAACAAAUAAACUGAGCUUUUAUUCAUGUUACAUUAAAGAGAACAUGCAAAACAUGUACAUUUCGUCUGAUCACACAUCUUCCUACUGCUUAAAAUUAGUUUCAUACGUAGAAAUGUCCAGUUCUACAAUAUGUACAGCUUUUAUCUGGUUUCAUGAAGCGACAGUACAGUUUGAGACAUGAUUUCCAAACGUCUGCAGCCCAACACAAGCGGAGUGCAGAAACCAUUCACUCCACUCAGAAAUAGAUAUAUACACACAAACAUUCAUGAUCUCCAUCCUCACGCUGUUCCUCUACAGAUCAGAAACGCUUCGCACAAGCAAUUACCCUCAAACAUUACUUUAAAUUAAAAACUAAAUCUGAUAAAACACAAGUGCACUGCAUUAUACUCUCUUAAAUAUCUGAUGAUUAUAUUUACUAUAAGCAGUUGUAUGGAUCAUAUUACAUAUUAUCUGACAGAUCUUCAUUUCCCUCAGUUCAUACAGACGUCAAAAUCAUUCUUGAGACAGAUAAAUAUUUAAAUAUGUAAGAGUGAAUCUCGUGAAAUCACGUCACACUUCAAGAAUCAUGGGAGUAUUUGUCGAAGAAAAUGAAGCCUAACUGUAUUAAGUCUGUAAGAGGCAUUAAUAGAUGUGAAAUAAACACACUGAGCAUUUUCUCAUGAAUUUAAUGCAUCCAGAUGUUUGCUUCUGAUGAGUUUAUAAUAACUAUUUUUACAGGUGAAUCUCAUGACAGUAAUAUACCAGUUUACUGUAUUAUGCUGCAAAACAGAUUGAUUUAAAUCAGCAGUACAAGAAAAACGAGCAUGAUUUAUUUUUGUCAUUACAGGAAUGGGAUUCAGGCUAAAACUGCAUUAAAACAAUGUCAGAAAUUCACAACAUCUUAAUUUUCUUUUGGUAAGAUAUAUGUCCUUUGAUUUUGUGCUGAUUUAUGGCCUGUUCCUGACAGGUGUGUGAGAUGAAGACGUCUGAAUCAUUAAACAGGUGAGCGCGGCUGUGAUUAUCUGAUAAUCCGGCGGGUUACGGGUCUCGUUAAGGGUUUCAAGCUACUUGAUCAAACUCCGCUGAG